AGCACCUCCUCCCCGCCCGUCGCACGCCCCUCGUCCUCUGCCUUCCUGCCGGGCUUCCCGCGCGCACCGUCCGGGACGUGCAACAUGCACACUGAAAUAUUAGAAAGUAAAGAUGAGAAAGAUACAAGUUUCCAAUCAGCUCCAUCUGGUCAGACCUUCAGGGAUCCUGGUAGUGGUGAGCAUAAAGGAAUUAAGGAAACUGUCCUGUUAAACACAGAGGAAACAAUGCCACAGACAAAAAAGAGGAUAUAUUUUUCUUGUCCUCCACAAGGAAUAGUCAAUAAAAUAAUGACAAACGGAGUUAUAUUCUUUAUGAGUUGGUGUACACUCUGGGUAUUCUUAGGCCCUGAAGUUCUCCCUGAUGGAAAAUUAUUUGGACUAGUAAUUAUUUUUUAUAGUGCCAUUCUUGGGGGGACACUUUUGCAACUCAUUAGAAUACCUGCAGUGCCCCCACUUCCACCUCUUCUUGGGAUGUUACUGGCUGGUUUUAUCAUCAGGAAUAUUCCAUCCAUCAGUGAGCAUAUUAAAGUUCCUAUGAAGUGGUCUUCAGCUCUAAGAAGCACUGCCCUUACCAUCAUCCUAAUACGAGCAGGGCUUGGACUCGAUCCUGAGGUUCUGCGGCAGAUGAAGAGAGUCUGCUUCCGGCUGUCUUUUGGCCCAUGCAUCAUAGAGGCAUGCAGCGCUGCUGUUUUUUCCCACUUCAUCAUGGAUUUCCCUUGGCAGUGGGGGUUUCUACUAGGGUUUGUGCUAGGUGCUGUCUCUCCUGCAGUUGUGGUCCCAUCCAUGCUGCGCUUGCAGGAGGCAGGGUACGGCGUAGAGAAGGGCAUUCCCACCGUGCUGAUCGCUGCCAGCAGUAUGGAUGACAUCGUGGCUAUUACGGGGUUCAAUACGUUCUUGAACCUCAUCUUCUCCCAAGGUAGCAUACUUCAUAACGUCCUAACAACUUUAUGGGACGUACUUGUUGGUGUGCUGGUAGGAACUGUUUUCGGAGUUUUUAUUCAGUAUUUUCCAAGUGAAGAUCAGGAAAAAGUUCCAAUGAAGAGAGCAUUCCUUAUUUUGAGUAUGUCUGUUUCUGCUGUACUAGGCAGCCAGCAUAUUGGUUUACAUGGAGCUGGAGGAUUAUUCACGCUAGUGUUAUGUUUCACAGCAGGGUUAAAAUGGACCAAGGACAAGAUUAGAGUCCAAAAACUUAUUACAAAUGCAUGGGAUAUUUUUGAACCUCUUCUUUUUGGCUUAGUUGGAUCAGAAGUAUCUGUUUCAUCCCUUGAAUCAAAUGCUAUUGGCACUUGUGUCGUUACCCUCUGUUUGGCAGUAUUUGUCCGAAUUUUAAGCACAUUUGCACUAAUGUGUUUUGCUGGUUUUACUUUUAAGGAGAAAAUAUUUAUUGCUCUAUCGUGGAUGCCCAAAGCAACAGUCCAGGCCGUCCUAGGUCCCCUGGCUCUGGAGACAGCGCGGCUCAAGGCGCCCCACUUGGUGGCCUACUCAAAGGACGUGAUGACAGUGGCCUUUUUAGCCAUCCUGAUCACAGCCCCAAACGGGGCACUGUUCAUCGGCAUCCUGGGGCCCAGGAUCCUGUCGCGUCACUGUGACCCAAGCAAGAUGGAGCUGCCCUUGCCCGGACACAGGGGGCACUGAAGGUCAUGGCCAUCCCACCCCUGCUGGUCUUAAUGGAUUCUCUUUCAGGACAAGGGAAGGCUAAGGUACAAGUGCGUGCAGGUUGUACACAGGACCCAGACCUCGCUACAUACCUGGCUCAUCCGCAGGGCUUUCCUCUGAUGUAUUGCUUCCAAACUGCAUUUGAUAAAACAGCAUUAAAAUGAAUGCUCAGUGUCUUCAUAGUUCAAGAACAAAGCUAAUCUGUAAAUGUCCUGGGAACGUUGAGUCAGUAAGGCUGAACUCGAUGUCAUAAUACAGACCAAGCAUAAUAAAAAGUAAACGAGCCAAAUGACACAGAGAAGCACACGUGAAUGUUGAACCUGGUAAGAAGCAUGCAUUUCCAGACAAGAGGAACAGCCCUCCCAUCCCGUUAGUUCACCUCAGAAACUGAUCCGAAAAAGAAAAAAAAGUGUUAGGACUAACAGGCAACGUCAAGUGGGUCAGCUAAAUAAAUUUUUAAUUCUCAUUUUAGUGACUACCUGAAUGAAUGUUAAGAAAAAGAGCCACCAUUAGCCUUACACUUCUAAUGCAGUACACUUGAAAGGAACUCUGCUUAAACAGUUUUUAGAUGAAAAAUUAUCUGUAGUUUUUAUUUGCAAAAAUAAAAUCACAAAUGGAAAAA